AUGAAUUUGGUUAUUACAAUCCUGACUAUUACAACAGCCCUCUCCUUAGUAUUAGCGACUGUAUCUUUUUGACUACCUCAGAUAAAACCAGAUGCAGAAAAACUCUCACCCUAUGAAUGCGGCUUCGACCCAUUAGGAUCCGCCCGACUCCCAUUCUCAUUACGAUUCUUUCUAGUAGCUAUCUUGUUCUUAUUAUUUGACCUAGAAAUCGCCCUACUCCUACCACUACCAUGGGGAGAUCAACUCCAUAACCCUACCAGCACCUUUUUCUGAGCUACAACAAUCCUAAUCUUACUUACCCUAGGUUUAAUUUAUGAAUGAGUCCAGGGGGGCCUAGAAUGGGCAGAAU